AUGUCAGAUUCCGACGUCGAGAUGCCUUCGUACCCUGAGACUUCACCACCCACCGCCGAAACCAACUCAGAGACCCCUAGAACACCAAAGAAGUCUGAAGACGACACUGCCUCUCCCAGCACGAGAUUUGGCAAACCUCUCAAGCCGGCCCCCAGUCUCCGUGACCGUCCACGAGCUGCUUCUUCAUCAUCCCUCCCCUACCGUGGCCACUUCUCAACCCCAACUCACCACCAACAAGCCACCGACUGCAUUCUUCCCUACCGAGUUGAGAAGCGCCGCGCAGCUGUAAGAGGUCACCAACGAGCAGAGAGCUUUGAGCAAUACAUAUCAUCCACUAGACGUCUUACGCGACGUAUUCCAAGCAACGAUGAAAUCACCGCAGUAGGCUCUGUCAACAACUUGCUUCCUCGCCGAGGACAAACUAUUGCACCGACUUCUGGAAGCUUGCUGUGGGACUCGCCUCCGCUGCCUCGCCGUCGGGUUAUGGAGCAGCUGGAGCAUCGUGUGGAGGAUCUCCAGGUUGCGUCACGAGGAGAGUCUGCUGGGCCACGAUCUUCAGAACCAGGUCACGCUGCGGCAUGCCCAACCGGCGCUAGAUAG